AGUGUUGGGGGAGACGCCAGAAUGACAAGGAGGAGCCCGGGACACAGCUUUCUUUUUUCGUGUUCCUGGGAUGAUCUUUGGACCCAGAACCUUUGCCCUGAGCUACAUCUCAAGCCCUUUAAAAAAUUUUUUUUUGUUGUGAGAGAGGGUCUCACUAAAUAAUGUAGUCGCCCAGGGUCGGCUCGAAUUUGCCAUUCUCCUGCCUCGGCCUCCCAGCGUGCUGGGAUUGCAUAUGUGCGCCACUAUGCCCAGUUUGGAGCGCAGACUUUACCAAUGUAGGCAUAUUCUGAUGUAAUGCUGAGAGCUUAUUUUUUAUGGAUGUGAGAGAAAGGAAAAGGAUAUAAAAGAUGGCAAGUCCAGAUGGAAGUAAGCGGAAGAUAUUAAAAGCCAAAAAAACAAUGCCUACAAGCUGCCGGAAGCAAGCAGAGAUCCUGAAUAAGGCAAAGACUACUGAAGUUCUGAAAACAACAACAGUUGAGAGUAAUGUUCCAAGUGGUUAUCAGAAUUUAAGUACUGAAGUCAUAACUAGAGACUGCAGACAUCCUGAUACUGUUAAUUCUUCAUUGGACUGUAAGAUAAAUUCAGCACUGUUACUAAAAAGUAUAGGAUUCCCUCAGAAAUUAAUAAAACCUGUAGAAAAAAUUGUUCACUUAGAAACAAGAUUUGAACAUAGUGGUGAACAAGUUGUAAGUUCUUACAAGAAGCCAAGAAAAUCAAUAGAUUCUCCCAGCCAAUUCUUUAUACAAGAAGUGAAAGAGAAAUUCAGUACUUCUGAAACUCAUUUUGAAUAUAAGGCAAAUGUAACGUCAUCCUUUUUUCAAAAUGAACAGAAUUCUAAUCUGAAAUCCAUUUGUCAUUCACCUACUAUUUUGUGUGAUGUAGUUCAAAAUCUCUUGGAUGAUAAUAGAAGCAACAAGAUACCUUCCAAUUUAGAAGCAAACUCCAAUUCAGAGUCACAUGAUAAAAGGCAAAAUGACAUUUUAAGUUCAAACUCAUGUUGUGUGCCGGCUGCGAAAACGCCUAACUUGAUGAAUUUAGGUAGUUCCAGCAAGUGUGCUUCUAACAUUUUGAAAACGAAAGAAUCGACUAGAACCCUAUACUCCAGCAUUUCAGAUUGUGAAAAUACAGACUCAAAGUGGCAGUGCUUACUCAACACUGAUGGUAAUAACAGCUGUAAUCAAAAGAAGAUGUUUUCAGAAAACAAAGAAAAUGUUAAGCAUGUGAAAACGUCAGAGCAAAUUAAUGAAAAUACUUGUGUAGCUCUGGAAAGGCAAGCAGCAGUGCUGGAACAGGUCAAACAUUUGAUUGAACAGGAGAUCUGUAGUACAAAUUUCAAACUAUUUGAUAAAAAAGUGAAAGAAUUGAAUGAACGCAUUGGGAAGACACAGUGCAGGAGAAAACAUGAAGCAAUAGCUGGUGAACUCUUUACAAGAAUAGCAAGACUUCAAAGACGUGUUAAAGCAAUCUUAGCAUUUCAAAGGAAAUAUUUGGAAUCAAAUACAUUUUCCAGUAAUACCCCCUUUAAGAAUGGAAAUUCAGAGACCAUGACUUUGGGUAAGAAUCAAGAGUCAGUUAAUAGCCAAAAGGAAAGAAUGACUUCUGUGUACUGUGAACCUUUCAGCCCUUCAGAAAAAGCAAGUGAAAAAAUUAAUUUGUCAUCGGAUGGUGUUGAGUUUGUUUCUGAAAGUAACAGUGAUGAUGUUAUGUUGAUUUCGGCAGAGAGUCCUAAUUUGACAGCUCCAGUUACAGCAAGUCCAACAGAUUCUAGAACAAUUACAUCAACAAAUUCCAGCAGUUCAUCUAAUAAUAUAAUUGAAGUUAGGACUCCAGAGAAGAAAUGUGAUUUUGUUAUUGAUUUGACAAAAGAAGGCCUGUGCAACUACAAUACAGAAAGUCCACCGUUCACCCUGGAAUCACCUUCUAAGCCUGCUUUAAACUCAAAAGAAAUAACCCCAGUGGCAGAAAAUGUAACUGAGGAUUUGGAUUCCUUUGAGCACCUGCCACCUCUCCCAGAACCAUCAUCGCCACUGCCUGAACUCCUUUACGGGGACACGCUCCCUCCCCAGAAGCCCGAGCUGAAAGUGAAGUGGGUGCUGAGACCCAUGGGCAUCGCCCUAACCUGGAACAUCACCAAGAUCGACCCCAGGUGUGCUCCUGUGGAAAGCUACCACCUCUUCCUGUGCCAUGAGAAUGCCAAUAAUAAGUUGAUUUGGAAGAAAAUCGGAGAAAUUAAAGCUUUACCACUCCCAAUGGCCUGUACUUUAUCAGAAUUUUUUGCUUCCAAUAGAUACUAUUUUGCUGUCCAGUCAAAAGACAUUUUUGGGCGUUAUGGACCAUUUUGUGACGUAAAAUCAGUCCCUGGUUUUUGUGAUAACUUGACCUAAAAGUCUUCAGGAAUUAUAUGUUGUAUAUGAAAUAUUCUGUUUUUCGUAUUUGAGUUGUUCACAUUACUCUUAACACUAUUUACCAUUUCACAAGGUCAGAUUGUGAACCCUUUGGGGACAGUCCUCUUCCUUUUACUGUAAUUAGCUUGUAGUUUCAUGAAUUUCUGACUUGCUUGAACUUCCAAUGUGUGUGUUCUCAAACAUACUGUCGUGGGCCUAUGUUGCUAAGGUGUCUGGGAUACAAGCAGCGAUUUUGUCUUCUGUCAACAGUCAGCUUUGGUGACCUGCUUGUGGUCAGUGUAGCUGUAAGAAAAAUUGUCCCUUAAAGUCUUCACAUUCUGUUAGAAUUCUAGGUAGGCUACGGACCUGUGCCCCUCUUUUUUAUUUAUUUUAGUUUACUUUAUGUCAUGCAUUUGGAGAAGUAGUCUAAAAUUUUUGCUUAAGACUGCUUGUGUGCUUAUGUAUGAAAUGUGUUAAACAUUGUGUGCUGUGUACACAAAAACAUACACUAUCUCAUAAAAACACUGUUCGAUCUGGAUUUAAGUUGUAGUUGUCUGCUGUCUUUGCACUUGUUUUGGCUGCCAUCAAGGACUCAAAAUAUAACACUGAAAGGUUCUAAUGGACUAGUCUUGCAGACUGCUUCCUUGGGGGAAUACCAAGGUAAAGCUCAGGAAACCGGUUUGAGAAUUGUAAGGGCCCAAGGGAGAAGGACGUUGUGGAUGGCUAAUAACUGGAAUGUUACAAAAAUAGAAAAAUCACUGUUUGAAAGUGGGGUGUUCUUUCCUGAUACAUAGUAAAAGUUGUGAACUUUAAAAAUGAACAGUAAAUGGUUUUCCUA